CGACGUCGUUUUGGGGAGAUUUGUUUGAAAAAAAAAUUAAAUGUCGCAGUUCAUCCCCGACAUCAGCUCUUCAGCAUCAAACGGCAGUCUGCAACCCUAGGUCACGGGCUCACUGCUCAGUCGCUCACGGCAUCUUCAACCCGGUCAGCAAGGUCACGGUGCUUGACUGAAACUUCAAGCCGGUGCUCGUUAGUUGUUUGAAUCUUCAAUCCGACAAUCCUUCCGGUCUUCCACCGGACCACCAUAGGUAACUAGGGAUAUGGCUACUUCAUCAGCUGCUUCUAAUUCCAAUGCUGGUGAAGCCACAAGUGAUGUGAACAUUCAAAAUGCAUUGAAACGUGCAUCCGGUGAUAUUGGUUGGGAGUUUGGCGAACUUGUUGAUGCUAGUGCAUUAGAUAAAAUCAAAUGCAAGUUAUGCUCGAAAGUUAUGUCCGGAGGCAUUUACCGGCUCAAAUGUCAUGUAGCCGGUAGGUCAGGCAAUGUGAGGGCUUGUCAUAAGGCCAGUAAAGAGGCAAUAAAGGCAUGUGUUGAGGCACUAGAUGUUAAGAAGAAGAAAAAGACAGAGAAGCAAAUUGAAGAGUCUGAACUUAGAAAUGAAGUUUCAAUAUCCGGUGGUGCUACGGAGAUGGAUGAGGAUAUGGAAGUCACGGGAUCAAGGAGAAGAAUUGAUCACGGGCCUAUGGGUAGAUUUGUGGAGAUUAAUUCACAAGCAAACACUGAUUCUACAAAAUUUACAAAGCAAGCUAGUUUGGUUGCCUUGAUGGACAAGAAGAAAGUGAUCGAUACGCAACAAUAUAUAGCACGGUGGGCCAUUGAGAAUGGUAUUGCUUUCAAUGCCAUUCAAAGUGAUAGUUUCAAACUAAUGACUGAGGCUAUUGGGCAAUUUGGUCCAGGACUACCUACGCCGAGUCGAUAUCGAUUGAGUGGUCCAUGUUUGAAAGCGGAGGUUGCGAGAGUUAAGAACUCCCUAAAGAAGCAUGAAGAUGAGUGGGGCAUCUCCGGUUGUUCCAUUAUGACUGAUGCUUGGACAGACCGUAAAAGAAGGAGCAUUAUGAACUUGUGUGUUCAUUGUAGGGAAGGGAUCUCUUUUAUUUCCUCAAGGGAGGAUUCCGAUGCAUCCCAUACGGGAACUUACAUAUUUGAUUAUGUCGACAAAUGCAUUGAAGAUGUAGGGCAGGAAAAGGUGGUGCAAGUUGUCACGGAUAAUGCUUCUAAUAACAUGGCAGCUGCAAGUUUGAUGGAAAAGAAGAGACCCAAUUUAUUUUGGACUUCUUGUGCCGCACAUACUGUGAAUCUUAUGCUUGAAGCAAUUGGUAAACUUCCAAGGUUCAAGAGUGCAAUUGAUAAGGCAAGGGCCUUAACCAUAUUCAUAUAUGCACAUCACUCAACCCUAAGCAUGAUGAGAAAGAUGACAAAGAAACGUGACAUAGUACGACCGGGUGUGACACGCUUUGCUACUAAUUACCUUUGUUUGCAAAGUUUGGUGGAGAAAAAGGAGCAACUACGACAUAUGUUUACUUCAGAAGAAUGGGCCCGGAAUUCACAUUCUAAGAGUGCAAAGGGAAAAUUGGCAUAUGCGACAGUUGUCAGCAUUUCCUUUUGGAAGUCUGUGAACUCUUGUUUGCUUGUUUUUCGUCCAUUGGUGAAAGUACUUCGUCUUGUUGAUAGUGACAGACCAUCUAUGCCAUGGUUGUAUGGAUAACUUCAAGCGGCGAUAAGAGAGAUCAAGGAAGACGUAUGUAGUGGACUUGAAAAGAAUUAUAAACCGAUACUUGACAUAAUUGACAGUAAAUCCAAAGGAAGACUUGAUUCCUCUUUGCACUUGGUGGGUUACUUGCUUAAUCCGUACUACUUUGCAAAGAAUAGGGUAAAUAUAGGAGAUGAUGCAACUAUAAUGGAAGCAUUUCUUGAUUGUGUGGAGAAGUUCUUCCCCGAUGAUUUGACCACUCAGGGGAUAGUGUCUGAUGAUGAAUUGAUCAAGUAUAAGAAAUUGGAGGGAAUGUUUGGAAGAAAACAAGCCAUUUUUUCUUAUGAAAGUAAAGGUGUCAAUGAGUUCAAUCCAGGUAAGUCUUAACUUCUAAACUCCUAGAUCAUUUUUUAAAUUUUUUAUUCAUAAAUGGGACUAGUAUAAAUGUUGAUA